UGGAAGGAGUGGGUGACCAAAGUUGUGAUCACAUCCCCUGAUGAUGGGUGUCGUGUUUGGCACCAAAUACUCAAUGAGACCCACUUUGAGCCCAAUGUGACGAUAGUUCGCUACAAACUGCUGAGUGAUGUCUGUUUGGGUGGUCUGGAGAUCGCUCUGUACGGCGACCCCAACCGCAAGCAAGUGUUGGCCCGAAAGGUGGUCACCGAAGACGUGUGGAGCGAGCGCUGUGUCUGCAGACGACACGAUUGGUCGUAUCAAAUGAAAUGCCAACAAAUGGCGCAACAGUUCACACAAAUUGAUAGCGAUUUAAGGUUCAGUCCAUUAGAUCCACGCCUUUCUGUGUCACCUAUUCAUUGGUUGUCUUGUGUUCAUACUUUCAACACAAGUGAUGGCAUAGACUUCGAUCGAGUGUUGGCCGAAAUGCAGACACGCUUUGCGCCCCACAAGAGAUCCUAUUCUUUCUGUCACUACCAGAUCAUCGACAAUGAAGCAUACAAACAGUGUUUCGGAGAAUACGUGGGUUUCUCUCAAUUCAUGGAUGAAAUACUGCGAUCACUGCUGUCGAAGACAUCGCUUCCAGACUUAGAAUUCGUGUCCAAUUUAGGCGAUUGGCCUCUCAGUGAUAAACGCACAGAACCUCCACUACCGGUGUUCUCGUGGUGCGGAUCCAAUGAGUUCAAUGAUAUCGUGAUCCCGACGUAUGUUAACUGCCUUAGCAGCGAAGUUUACGUCCAGAACAGGCCCUUUGGCCGACAAUCCAUGGCAUUCGACCACAAGAAGGAGAUGUUGUUCUGGAGAGGAAGGGAUUCCAACGAAUAUCGGCUCAAAUUGGUUGAGUUGUCCAGAAACCACACGAAUCUCAUAAACGCCUCUUUGACUAACUUCUUCUUCUUUCGCGACCAAAUGGAAGCGUUGGGACCGAAGUCGCCAUACAUUCCGUUCUUCGAGUUCUUUCGAUACAAAUAUCAGAUGAAUAUCGACGGAACGGUCGCCGCCUAUCGUCUGCCAUACCUAUUGGCCGGCAAUUCUCUGGUCUUCAAACAGGACUCCAGUUAUUACGAGUUCUUCUAUAACCUGUUGGAACCGUACGUCCAUUACAUCCCUGUUCACAAAGAACUCAAUGAUUUGAUUCAAAGUAUAGACCAAGUGAUGCAAAAUCCUCACAAAUCGCACCAAAUUAUCGCUAAUUCAAGACAAUUGGUGUUAAAUAACUUAUUACCCGAACAUAUCUAUUGCUAUCACUUUAAUCUGUUCCGCAAGUACUCAAAGCUAUUGACCACAAGAGUUCAGUUAAGGCCUCAAAUGAUGCGAGUAUUCAAUGAGACAGAUGUCUGCAAAUGUGCACCAAAUCUAAGACAUGAACACGAGUUUAAUGCCUUUUGUAUUGUCUCUCAACCGAAGGGUCGCAUAACUGUCGACAUUCUGUCCGUCUUUGGCCGACAAUCCAUGGCAUUCGACCACAAGAAGGAGAUGUUGUUCUGGAGAGGAAGGGAUUCCAACGAAUAUCGGCUCAAAUUGGUUGAGUUGUCCAGAAAGCACACGAAUCUCAUAAACGCCUCUUUGACGAACUUCUUCUUCUUUCGCGACCAAAUGGAAGCGUUGGGACCGAAGUCGCCAUACAUUCCAUUCUUCGAGUUCUUUCGAUACAAAUAUCAGAUGAAUAUCGACGGAACGGUCGCCGCCUAUCGCCUGCCAUACCUAUUGGCCGGCAAUUCUCUGGUCUUCAAACAGGACUCCAGUUAUUACGAGUUCUUCUAUAACCUGUUGGAACCGUACGUCCAUUACAUCCCUGUCCACAAAGAACUCAAUGAUUUGAUGCAAAGUAUAGACCAAGUGAUGCAAAACCCACACAAAUCGCACCAAAUAAUCGCUAAUUCAAGACAAUUGGUGUUAAAUAACUUAUUACCCGAACAUAUCUAUUGCUAUCACUUUAAUCUGUUCCGCAAGUAUUCAAAGCUAUUGACCACAAGAGUUCAGUUAAGACCUCAAAUGAUGCGAGUAUUCAAUGAGACAGAUGUCUGCAAAUGUGCACCAAAUCUAAGACAUGAACACGAGUUGUAA